GUGAGAUAUCAUAUGAAGAACAAGUAUUUAAGGUUCAUUAUUCUCAAAGAGGCUCAUAACAAAUACAUAAAUAAAUUCAACCAGUCAGCUGGAUGCAAUCACACAGGCCUACUACACAUAAAUACAAAAACUACCUGUGAAGAAUUAAACUAUUGAGGCUGACUUAUCAGCACAUUUUAACAAAGUUUAACAGCUGAUAACGUUUUUUUUUUUUUUUUAAUUCCAGGAGGCAACCACAACGAACGCGCAGCACACUCUCCAAUGUGGUGGGUUUUAUCCCAGAGUGCAUGCAGGGGGAAUUGGCUGAGGCUGUGUGUAAUCUUGAGGCCCACCCGUGUAUGCCAUCAGUUUGGUGUGAGUGGCUGCUGAGAUAGAGGAACAUAUGACGCUGUGGUUCUCUUCACUUCCUGUAAAAUUAUGCUCAACAGAAACAGCUACAUGUGAAACGCUGACAAAAGCUCUCGCACACUAUUUCAAAACUGCAAGUAAAUGGAUCAUUUCUCAGCCACCCUGUGAAGACUUUAAGCCUCUGAAUGAGAUGGUGUUGUAGGUUCAAGGCACUUUAGCAGCCAGAAGAGCUGCCCAUCACAACUCAAACUAGCUCUAAAUCAUUCAUUAUUUUGCCUGCUCUGUUUUUGCUGUCCCACAUAAACUCAUCUGUUUGUAAACACAGGUCAUUCCCUCUUUUAUUCUUGUUAACCCGCUUACUUGCUCCCACUAUCCUUCAUUAGAGAUGAAAUGCACAUACCAGCCUAUUUUCCUUAAUUCUUGCAAGACUGUGCAAAUGCCCUAAUUUCUGGACUUCUUUGGGUCUACCUGCAUUAUACUUGGGCUUCAAUCCCUUUACUGAACCCUUUAGAGAUAAGUUUAUCUGUUGUGACAGUCAGUAAACUUUUCUCUAACCUGGUCACCUGCUUAGCUCUCACAGUGUGAUGGACGACCUGGCCAUCGGUGGAAUAGAUCUCUCGCCAUUCAAAAACUUUGACCUGAUUGUGGAUUACAGAGCAGUGAAACGUGAACACCUGCGAGGCCGCAACAACGUGACUUCAUGUCGAAGCCCUACUAGGGAGCUUGACACAUUUCACAUAAAGACUGAACUUAAGGAGAAAAGGCAUCUGGAAUUUCUGAGGAGAAGAUCAGUGAGCCCUGACCCAUCUACAAAGUGCUCCUCAAAGAGAAGACGUACACCAAAGACAGCUUCAAUGAAACAAUACAGUACCAUCAGAAAAUUAGACACGUUACAUACAAAUGUACAUACUUCUCCCACCUCUAAUGGACGUCCAUUGAUGAUUUUAACACCAAACAGCAGCAUAACCGAUGGUCCAAGUACCAGCAAAUGGGCUUCACUAUGGUCAGACGAGGUAACACUGACAAGACAAGAGAAAGACCAUAUGAGGACACAAACAUCCACAUUCACCUCUACACCAGCAAUCAAGAAAUCAAACCAGCACAGGACAAAAAACACAGAUAAAAGAGAGCAUGUUCAAAAGACCAGCAUCAAAUCAUCCAGCCAAAGUGAAAAUAUUCUCCAGAAAAUAAAACUACGGGAGAACAGUAUGCAGACAGAGUCUGGUCUUGUCACUGUCAAGGAGUCGGAUAUCAAGCUGCUAGCUGACUUGUUGCAGGAGGCUCUGUGGAGAGAAGAGGCCUUGAAGAAGAAGCUGGCAGCCCUCCAGGAGAGCACGAACAACCUCGUUAACUCCUCCAGCAAAAUAUGGACGGCUCGCUGCAGUGAAGAUCUGCUGAGAAAUAAGAUCAAGGCUCUGGAGGCGCAGCUGCAAGUCUGCCUGCAGAAUUUUCCAAAAGAUGGAGUGAAGAAAGUGGUGAUACAGAUGGAGAAGCAGAAACGGAUGUAUGAGGAGAAGGCACUAGAGGCUCUGCAGAAGGCCACACAGGAGAAAGCUGAUGCUCUUACGAAGACUGAGAUACUGCAGGUAGCACUCAGUAAAGCAAGAACAGAGGCAAUGAGAUGGCAACACCUGUAUGAGGAGCUGAAGCUGAGCUCUGGACAACUCAGGGAGAAUCAACAUCUCAGCAAUGACCAGCUGCAACAUCUGCUAAGCCAACUGGAGCUGUCUAGAUCCAGAGAGGCUGAGCUGAUGGAAGAGGUGGUGUCACUGAUUCAAGAGAAGACAGAGCUGCGGCACAACAUCUCUUUGCUGGAAGGAGACAACCAGAUGUUUAGAGAGGAAAUUCAACACCUUGAAGACGACAGUGAUGAGGCCCAGGACUUCUUGAUGCUGGGACAAGUGACAUCAGAGGAAGCAGGUGCCCAGGGGACAGCGAGGACAGACUCUCAGGUGGAGGAGCAGCUCCGUCACACUCAGGAGAAACUAAGACUCAAAGAAAAAGAGUGUGAGGAGCUGCAUGCAGAGUUGUAUGCCAUGGAGCAGGAGUGUAAAUCCAGUCAGGCCCGGCUGUCGCAGUGCAGAGACGAGCUCCGACAGCUCAGCCAUCGCCACAAGAGACCGACGCUGUGUGGCUCCUGGUGGAAGGUGUGGGUCUUCCUCCUUCUGUUCCUCGCUGUAGCCCAGGUUGUCCUGCUGUGGCUGUGGUAUCCUCCUUUCAGGGAGCAAGUUGAAGACCUGUACUCGGACAUAGAGACGCGCAUUGAAGACUAUCUCAUGGAAGUGGCAUCACCUCAACACGCAAGCUGUUUUCGACCAAUAUGAUGGUGUCAGAAUUUUUAUUUCUCUAGCUUUUGUUUUAAAUGAAGACUGUUUAAGGAUUCAUCUUCUUAAUAUUUCUUUGCAUGUGAGACUUGGAACUCAGUGUGUUUGAUGUUAACAUGUUUGGGAUGUCUGCACUAAGUUCAAAUACAAGUGAAGACUUUCAGUGUUUCUGACUUUUUUUUUUUAACCAAUGAGAAUAUGACAAAGCACUAUCAGCUCACAAGCUGGCUGUCAUAUAAUAUAUGACCUCUGACAAACAGUGAGUGGAUAAAUUGAAAUACUUCUACAUAGGAGGAUAAAGACUGGAUGUGUCUGUCAUACUGUAAAACACUUAUUAGCACCACCUUGUAUAAUUUAAACACCACUAAAUAAAGGGGAAAAAUCACAGUAAAUCUUUUAACUGUUGUGGUGAUGGAACUAACCUCAGAGAGUUUUGGCAUUUAAAAAAAAGAGCCAUUAGUGU